AUGGGACAAGAAGUAGGGUCUGUAGAAGAGAGGGAGAAGAUUGAGUUAUCAGAAGUAGACAACACAGAUACAAGUAACAAGGAAGAACAUACCACAAGAAAUUGGGUUAAUCAAUCAUUUUACAAGAGGAGAGCACCAACUCAAGAUGCUAAGAAGGAUAGUGGUGACCAAGAAGGGGAUCUCAUUGUUGGUGAACAUGUGCAGCAAAAGGAUAAGGAAAAUGGUGGAGAUGAUACAACAGAUACAUCAGAGGUUGUAACUACUGUAAGUAAUGCUAUAACUGUAGUAGUCUAUAGUGACAAAGAGCAAGAGCAGCAACAACUACAAAGUCAGCAACAAACAUUAUACAAUGCAGAGAUGGGAGUUGAUGAGUCCAGCAAGACAAAUAGUGACUUGUGGUAUGAUAAUUUAGUGCAUAACAAUGAAAAAAUGAAUAUUGAGAAGGUGCAACAGCAGCAACAAGAACAACAUUUAAUAGACUUGGAGAAUACUAAUGAAGAAAGUAACUUGCAAGAUGAUGUACAACAGCAACUAAUUGAUGUUGAGAAGGAUAGUAAUAGAAGUGAUCUGCAGGAAGUUGUUCAGAAGCAUCUAGAUGUGGUCAAUAAUGUAAAUAAUCUGUUGGACAGUGAAACAAAUGGAAUUUAUGGGGAUAAGGGGAAAGAUGCAUAUCCAUAA